GUCUGUGAGAUGGUGGGGUUGUGCGGCUACGUGGGGUCGUGAGGCGGCGCGGAGUCGUGGGCCGGGGGCGGUGCGAGGUCGUGAGGCAGCGAGGGGUCUUGAGGCGCGGGGUCCCGGGGUGGUGAUGUAGUGCGGGGUCGUGGGCUGGGGGCGGUGCGAGGCCGUGAUGCGGCGCGGGGUCCUGAGGCUGUGCGGAGUCCUGGGCCGAGGGCGGUGCGGGGUCCCGGGGUGGUGAUGCAGCGCGGGGUAGUGAGGUGCGGGGUCGUGGGUCCGGGGGCGGUGCAGGGCCGUGAGGCGUCACAGAGUCGUGGGCGGGGGGCGGUGCGGGGUCCCGGGGUGGUGACGUAGUGCGGGGUCGUGAGGCGGGGCUUGGGCUGCGGGCCCCGGGCUGCGGGCCCCGGGCGGGCCUGGACUGUUCGGGACUCGUGGUGGCGUCGCGUGCUGUGUGUGAGACGGGCGGCAGGUGUGGGGACGGUCGCGUGUCCCAGGUCCGUGCAGUUCCCUGUGCGGCGCGGGGCGUGUGGGAAGAGGGAGCGGAUGCUUGUGGGCGCUGGCAGCGGGCGUGUGCAGGCGGCACUGAGGCUUCUGUUGGUGGAGCGCAUUCGUGUGUGCGCCUCGGGCCGGUGGGGCGGGUGCUCACCGUGUGGGACGGCUGUGGGACGGCCGUGGGAUUGCACUGGGUGAUUGUGCGACCCAGCGAGCGUGUCUUCUGCUGCGCUGGCGUCUCUUCUGCCGGCUGGAGAGUUCUGAGCGGCUGCGCGGUCUGCCCGCCCCGCUGAGAGGGAGGGAGGGCGGGCAGCGGCGGGCACCCCAGCGCGGGAGAAGUAAGCGGGUGACACGGGGGAGACACCCAGCGCAGAGUUGUCGGUGCGGUGGGUCGUAAUGCUGGGUCAGGUUCCUGGGAGGUAGGGGCGUGGUGGUGAAGGCUGGGGGAUCUUCCAUCUCAGAAGUUGAGAUGAAGGUCCGACCUCCCCCCAGUGGAGCAGCAGUUCUCCUAGGAACACAGCCUGCCUUAGUGUGUUAUCUGAAGGGAGAGCAAGGCCCACCGUGGCCUCUGGGACCUGUGGAUGCGGAGGGCUGCUCCUCUCCUUUCUAACCAGCGUCGCAGAGCGCAGACUCUGGAACUCCACGUUCCAUCACUCACUAGUCGCGGGACUUCGAGAGAGGUUUCUGAAAUUCACUGCCCCUUCUUUCGCUCCCCAAACGGGGAUGAUAGUAAUACCGAUCCUAGGCUUGUGGCGAGUAUUAAGUAGAACGGUACCUGACCCAAGUAAGCAACAUAGAAGUGAGUGCUUAAUUAUUAAAUAAUGACCCCAAGGUUCGCACACCCACCUAGAGAGCAAAAUCCACGGGAAGAAAAGUAAAGUUGAGCCCAGAGUAAAGGUUUCGGGUCAACAUAUAAAAUUACCGUGAAGUCUAGGCUGGAGCUCAGGUUCGGAAUUUUCUAGUCAGGGUCCUGGGAGGGCAGUAGUGGGGUGUAGGAGGGGAGACCAGGAAUACAGGGUCUUCGAGGAUGGAGAUGUCCCUAGGGAGCCUGUGAGGUGAAUAACCUGGUUUGGGAAGGAGCAGUCCCGAUAACAAAGGGAUCUGGAGAUGUUUCUGUAUCUAGGGCAUUCUUUGCAUUGUGGAUACUUCGGGCCAGAUAAUUUUUUGUUUAGGGGUGUGUAUAUUGGGGGGGAGGGGCUGCCCUAACUAUGGUAGGAUGUUUAGCGUUAUCCAUGGUCUCUACACACCAGGUGGCAGCAGCACAUCCCCCUCCUGCCCUAACUGUGAAAGCAAAAAUGUUUCCACACAUUGCCAGUGCCCCCAAUGAAGAAGCACUGACGGAGUGCUGCUUUGUUCCUUUUAAGAUCGACAUGGUGUCCCAUCAUGUGUACAUAACAAUCACUUAGCCAUUUUCCUAUCUGUGGGCAUUUUGGUUAUCUCCCGUCUCUUGAUGACUUAUAUUUGGUAAGCACUGGCACUGCUCUAAGCGUGUUACAUGUUUUCAUUCAUUUAAUUUUUCAAACAUUUAAUUUUCCAAAUGCCCUUUGGAGUCAUUGUUACUUGCCCCAUUUGCCAGUUGAGGAAGCCGAGGCCUAGAGAGGACAUGAGAGUUCACCCAGAGAAGGAUAGCAGAGUUAGAAGUCGAACCCAGACAGCCUCCAGGCUCAUGCCCUUCACUGUGGAAUCUUACUGCCUCUUCCCACAAGCCUUGCCACAAUGAAUAACCUCUACAGUUUGGGGAUAUUAGCUACAAGGAUGAGAACUCCAGGCAAAGAAUACAGCUUUGUUCUCAGAGACUGUGUGGCAGUGGAGUGCUGGGCUGGCUCACACUAGAUCACAAAUCUGUUGUGUACACCUUUCCCCACUUCUAUGCUCAACGGCAUGAGUUUGUAACUUAGAGUGGGGCCCUCGUGGGAUUGUUUACAGCAUGGAAAUUGGCAGGUGCUACAAAUCACUGAGCAUAACCCUACCCUGGAGUCUAAUGCAGGGAGAAUUCAGGCAUCUUCAGACUCCGGGUAGGCCCCUUUGUCUCCACUUUCUGCAUGAGGGAAGCCUUGCUCAGCACAGUCACAGAAUGGAAGGCCAGCCAACUUGGUCACUGAGCCACAACUCUUCAGCCUUAAUGUGCUGUACUGCAAAUCUCCCCAAGUCCUGUGGCCGUUCUGAUAUAACAAAGCCCCGCCUUCUCUGCACUCUGCCCUUCUCCACAUGUGGACCCUCAAGGGGGAGGAAAGGAUGCCUGCUGCACGAGGGAAGUCCAAGUCCAAGGUGCCAGUGACGUUUGGGGAUUUGGCCAUUUACUUCUCCCAGGAGGAGUGGGAAUGGCUGAGCCCCAUUCAGAAGGAUCUAUAUGAAGAUGUCAUGUUGGAGAACUACCAGAACCUGGUCUCUCUCGGACUUUCCUUUCGGAGGCCAAAUGUGAUCACCUUAUUGGAGAAAGGGAAAGCACCUUGGAUGGUGGAGCCAGUGAGGAAACGCCGGGGCGUGGACUCAGGGUCUAAAUGUGAGACCAAGAAGUUACUUCCAAAUCUGUGUAACAAAUCUGGGCAAAGCGUCUAUCAGAAACCAGUUUCUGCAUCACAGAAAAUUUCCACAGGAAAGAAAGGCUGCAAGAAGAAUUCAGUUCAAAUAAAACCCAGGAAGGUGCAUUCAGGGAAGAAAUCUUUAAAAUGCAAUGACUGUGGGAAAACCUUUGGUCAAAGCUUAUCUCUUAAACUUCAUCAGAAAUCUCAUACUGGAGAGAAGCCUUAUGAAUGCAGUAAUUGUAGAAAAGCUUUCAGACAGAUCUCAUCCCUCAUUCUUCAUCAGAAAAUUCACAAUGGAAGGAAAAGCUUUGAAUGUGAUAAAUGCGGAGAAAGCUUCAUUCAAAGAACAUCUCUUAUUCUACAUGGAAAAGUUCAUAAUGGAAAGGAAACCUUUGACUGUGGGAAGGCCUUGAGUCAGUGCCCACCUCUCAUGGGCCAGAAAAUUAAUUUUGUUGAGAACAUCCACCAGUGUGGAAAGUGUGGGAAAGACUUCAUUCGAAUGUCAUCUCUGUUACUUCAUAAGAAAAUUCACAGUGGAAAGAAAAUACAUAAAUGUAAUAAAUGUGGGCGAUGCUUCAAUAAGAAAUCAGCCCUUGUUAUACAUAAAAGAAAUCAUACUGGAGAGAAAACCCGUGAAAGUGAGAAGGCCUUAAGUCAGAGUCCACAGCAGAAAAGUCACCAUUUAGAGAAUCCUUAUAAAUGCAGAGAAUGUGGAAAAUCCUUUAAUAGGAUUUCAUCCAUUAUGCUUCAUCAGAGAAUUCACAUGUCAAAGAAACCCUACAAAUGUGAUAAAUGUGAGAAGGUCUUCAGGCGGCUUUCAACCCUUAUUCUACAUCUAAGAAUUCAUAAUGGAGAGAAACUGUACAGAUGCAGUAAAUGUGAGAAGGUCUGUAAUCGGCAUUCAUCCCUUAUUCAACAUCAGAAAGUUCAUACAAGGAAAAAGAAACUGUUUGAAUGUAAGGAAUGUGGAAAGAUGUUUUCUGGAACUGCCAACCUUAAAAUACAUCAGAACAUUCAUUCUGAAGACAAACCUUUCAAAUGCAAUAAAUGUAGUAAAGUUUUUGGCCGUCAGUCAUUUCUUAUUGAACAUCAGAGAAUUCAUACUGGAGAAAAACCCUAUCAGUGUGAGGAAUGUGGAAAAGCCUUCAGUCACCGAAUAUCUCUUACUCGACAUAAGAGAAUUCAUACUGAAGAUAGACCCUAUGAAUGUGAUCAGUGUGGGAAGGCCUUCAGUCAGAGUGCCCACCUUGCCCAACAUGAAAGAAUUCACACUGGAGAAAAACCAUAUACAUGCAAAACAUGUGGGAAGGCCUUUAGUCAACGCACGUCCCUUAUUCUACAUGAAAGGAGUCAUACUGGAGAGAAACCCUAUGAAUGUAAUGAAUGUGGGAAGGCAUUUAGCAGUGGCUCAGAUCUUAUUCGGCAUCAGAGAAGUCAUUCUUCAGAGAAACCAUAUGAGUGUAGUAAAUGUGGGAAGGCAUAUAGUCGGAGUUCAUCCCUGAUUCGACAUCAGAAUACACAUUCUGAGGAAAAAGCCUAAGUUUGUUCUAAAUAUGUGAAAGCAUAGAGUGAGGCUAUCAAAGUAGCAGAGACCAAGGCAUAGGAAAAUUCAUUUGUCUGUAACAUAAAUUUUGUAAAAAUGGGACCAUUUGAUGAUGUGUCUCACUUUGAAAGCCAAAGAGCAAAAGUCAUUGGUGACUUUGACCAGAUGAUUUGUAAUCAACUGACGGGGUGACCUUAUCAUAGGUCUUAAUUUCACAGUAGCAAGCUCAGUUGAUUGGAUCAGUCAUUUUUAAUGAAGACCACUCUUCAUUUGGUAAGAAUUACUGAUAUUUUAUUUCCAGUGUAAUUUAAAGCUAUUUGUUAGUCACAUACAGCAAAGUAGAAUUUCAGUGUCCAUAUUUGUGGAUGGGGCUUUGAGCCUGAUUUAAGGUCACAGGAAGAAUGAGUUUGAGUUUGUCCCUUAGGACUGGAACUGUCACAUAUAAGAGAUUUCCUGGGCAAACCAGCAUGGUACUUCCAGCUUGCAGAAAAUUGUGGGUGUGAAAAAAGAAGAAUGAGUCUUCAUGUGGAUAAAAGAUAGCUCUCAUAAUUGUGUGAAUCAGUUGACUCAUUACCAUAUUGUUUUCAUACGAAUAUAUAUGAUAUUCAUGCGAUGAAAAAUCUAACAAGCCUGAGACAGGCUAAUGGGAAAAAAGAAACCAGAGAAAUGAGAACUUAAAAGCAGGGAGAAAUUAUUUGUUAUUGUUAUAUUGAAAAUAAAUUUGUCUAUAUUUAUAUAAAUAAACAUUGGUAUUUUCAUGUAAGAA